AUGGUGGCCUCCACUAUAAAAAUUAAUAACAUUACAGCAAAAGAGAUUGCCGACAUCACUUCUGGCAUUUACCGAGUCGGAGCCAUCAUACUGUACGAUACAUUCUGGUCUCUAGGCGUCAUCUUUCUACCCUCUCUAUCUAACUUUUUCAAUAGUUGGACCCAUAUCUAUCUUGGUAUUACAUUCCCUACAUUAUUUUUAACUUUACUACUACAAUGGACUCCAGAAUCUCCACGUUGGCUAUUGAAAAAUGGAGAUGAUAAAGUGGUUAAUCGUGUGGAGGAUAUAGUUCGUGAGGGUGCUGCCAUAAAUCAUCGUCUCGAUAAAAUACCAGAUGAUUUUCAUCAACAAUUACAAAAUUUAAGAGUAAAAAUGAAAGGUGCUCCAGCGCCCGCUAAAUGGUUGGAAUUGUGGCAAGGUCCCAGAGCAAAAGUACACAUGAUAGCGGCACAUUUGGCAUUGGCAGCGUUUAUAAUUAAUUUCAUGGGCAUGUUGUUGAAUAUGAGAUCGUUUGGCAGAGAUUAUUUAGUACCAAACACUGUGGCAAUGGGCUUUUCCGAAAUAUUUGGCUGUCUUUUGGCUCUACAUUUCACUUUAAAGCACAAUAAAUGGAAAUGGCAAUGGGCAGGAGGUUUCAAUAUUUUAGCGGGAAUAUUAGGAUGUCUAGGCUGGUUAUUUAGUUCGGCAGAAAUGGAUCCAGAAUUGAAAGUGACCUUGUGGAUGAUAAUUGCCACCAUACCCAAAGCAGCAGUCUCCUGUGCGCAAUCAAUGAUAUUAGCCUGCAUGAACGAAGUCAUGCCGGCAAAUAAGAAAGUCCCCUUUGUCUUUUCAGUAGUAACAUGGGCACGCAUCUGGCUGCUGUCAGCUCCGUUUGUUAAUGUUCUUAAGAAAAUCGAUGUAGCCCUCUCUCUUAGUACUUAUUGCGCUCUUAGUAUAUUUGGUGGCUUUUUCACCUGUCUCAUUUUGACACCCAGAACCCCAAAGCCAGCAGUAGGAGAGGAAGGCAGCAGAACGAGAAAUAAUAACAAAAAUGCAUCACCGUUGGCAAAGACUGUCUGGACAACGGAAACAAAUAUAAAUAAUACUCGUCUUUAAUAAAGGAGACAAUAAUUGCCGCAGGAAGGAAAUAAGGAAGGCAGAAUAUUUGUAGUUAAUUUAGUUUAAUUGAGAAGAAAAUUUUAUUACAAACAAAAAGUGUGAUAAUAAAAACAAUUAUAAAGAGUUUAACUAGAAGCAAAUGACAGAAUAAAAUUAAACACAACGUAUUGUAGUCGUACUUAAACUAAUUGUAAGAAAUAAUGUAAAGUUUUUAUUUUUAUAUUAAAGAAAUCAACUAAUAAAUGUGAUGAUUUUACGAUAUUAAGAUGUUA